AUGGCGGACUCAAAGGCACAAACACCACGGGAUUCCGGCACCUUUGAUAAGGAGAAGCCGCUCGACUUUGAUGCGGAAAAGGGUCAACAAUCAGAUCUCGACGGUGCAACGAUCCUGGCUCCUUCGGAACGGGGUGUAUCAGCCGGCAGCGAUGGAGUCACGGGAGAUAAGGAGAAGGCUGUGGCGGAGGAGACCGAGCAGGACCCCAACAUCGUCGACUGGGACGGACCCCAUGACCCUGAGAACCCCAUGAACUGGCCCGAAAAGAAGAAGUGGCUCAACGUUGCUGUCCUUUCCAUUCUUACCAUCAUUACUCCCUUGGGCUCAUCUAUGUUCGCCCCCGGUAUCAAGGAGAUCUUGGUUGAAUUCCAUGAGACAUCUUCCAUCACGGCCACCUUCCUAGUAUCCAUCUACAUUCUCGGCUUCGCCUUCGGUCCCCUCCUGGUCGCUCCGCUCAGUGAGAUGUACGGCCGUGCGCCCCUGUACAACAUUGGCAACAUCCUCUUCACCAUUUUCACUGUCGGUACUGCCCUCAGCACGAACACCGGCAUGCUCCUCGCUUUCCGUUUCCUCAUGGGUCUCGCCGGAUCCGUGCCCAUCACCAUCGGCUCCGGCUCCAUCGCCGACUGCAUGAAGAUGGAGAACCGCGGCAAGGCCAUGUCGGCCUGGGCUCUCGGCCCUCUUCUCGGCCCCUGCAUCGGUCCCAUCGCUGGUGGCUACCUCAUCAAGGCGGCCGGCUGGCGCUGGGUCUUUUGGCUGAUCGUCAUCAUCGGCGGCUGCCUUAUCCCUUUCGCCUUCUUCUGCCUGCGCGAGACCUACGCGCCCGUCCUGCUCGAGCGCAAGACGGCUCGCCUCCGCAAGGAGACCGGCAACCCCAACCUGCGCUCCAAGCUGGCCAGCAACAAGUCGGCCGCCGAGACCUUCAAGGCCGCCAUCUACCGCCCCAUGAAGCUGCUCAUCUUCGAGCCCAUCAUCACCCUCAUGUCGCUCUACGUCGCCAUCACCUACGGCAUCCUGUACAUGCUGUUCACCACCUUCACCUUUGUGUACUCCGGCCACUACGGCUUCGGCGUCGACACCAUCGGUCUCGCCUACCUGCCCACCGGCAUCGGCAUGCUCAUCGGCGUCGGCGUCUCGGGCUUCCUGUCCGACAAGAUCGUCAAGGACCGCACCGCCAAGGGCCUCGUCCACCGCCCCGAGGUCCGCCUGCUCCCUUACUUCACCAUUCCCUGCGGCCUGCUCCUCUGCGCCGGUCUCUUCAUCUACGGCUGGACCGUCCAGGAGCAUGUCCACUGGAUCGUGCCCAUGUUCGGUGUUCUUAUCUUCUGUGCCGCCAUCAUGGGCAUCAUGAUGUCCGUCCAGUCGUACCUGCUCGAGGCCUUCCUGGCGCACGCCGCCAGUGUCACCGCCGCGCUUGCCGUCCUCCGCUCGCUCCUGGGCGCCCUCCUCCCGCUUGGCGCCCUCGAUCUGUAUGAGAGCAAGCUCCAGUUCGGCUGGGGUAACUCGCUUCUGGGCUUCAUCGCCUUGCUGCUGGUGCCUAUUCCCUUCAUUUUCUACGUCUAUGGCGAGAAGUUGAGGAAGAAGAGCCGCUUUAACAAGGCCAACUAA